UAAAGGAGUACCUGCGUGCGCCUGCCCUAAAUUGAACACCAGGCCUAAGCCUGACAUCUCCGGUCACACAUUUACUGCCAGCUCAAAAUUUCUUCUUCAACCACUUCUUUCACUCACUCAGUGAUCUACCUCAAGUAUAAUGGCAACUACGCAGCACUAUCUCUGGGCGGGUGGACACUUCUUACUCCUUCUCUCAGGGUUCCGUUAUCUUUUAGCAUGGAUUAUGUUCAAGAGCGUCUCAUCCUGGUGGUACAAGGCUAGCUUCCUUGGCGCCCUAAUGUCCUAUUUCAUUGUUUGCCAAAAGGCGCUUGGGUCUCCCCAGCCGAACAUGGCGUAUGUCAGAAGGGCUCUCGCAGAUGAGAACGUGCAAUACUUUUUGUUGGCUAUCUUCUGGUGGACUUCCAGGCCGGUCACCAUUGCAUUGCUUCCUUACUUUGUGUUUUCCCUCUUCCAUGCACUGACGUUCACUCGUACGACCUUGAUGCCUCAAUUCUUGCCUCCUGGUCCACCGCUCGCGGCUGGAGGACCACCUCAACCUCAUCCCCUGGCGAAGAAGCUCCACCUUUGGGUCAAAGCUAACUACGACACUGCCAUGCGCAUCGUGGCCAUCACCGAACUCGUCAUCUUCGCGCGCGUUCUCUUUGGCGCCCUUUUACUCCGCAACUCGCUCAUGAUGCCGCUGGUCUACGCCAACUUCCUCCAUCAGCGUUACUUCCAUUCGCAGUUCACACGUGAUGCCAUUACGCUUGCGGACAAACGUAUUACGGAUCUCUCGAACCACCCUUCGGUUCCACCAGUGGUGGGUCAAGUGUGGAUGCGCGCGCGGGAGCUGGUUGUCAGGUGGGGCGGCAGUGCCGUCGUUGAACCUGCUGCUGCCAGGAGGGAUUAAUGAUGAGGAUGUGAACGUGGAUGAGAAAUGUUGGGUUUUUGGGAAAGGACAUGUGGUAGCUCGCCGAGGCAUUUCUCAGUUACUGCACAUAUGCAAUGGCUCUCUAUCAUCUUUUUUGCACUAACGUAU